UUUGUGAGUGGACACGCACCAAAGGAGACGCGCGCUCAAGGAGGGGUGGAGUCGGAGGAAGAGGGUGAGUUGAUCCUCGGUUGGUGUGUGUGAGGGAAACAGACGAAAGGAGAGACCUGCUCUCUCACACACACACUCACUCUCUUUCUCUGCGCGGAGCGAGGGGGGGACAGGGCACAAGGGAAGAAUGAGGAAGAAGUCCGCUGCGCUGCGCGCCUCGAUCCAGCGAAUGCGGGUCUGCUGAUGAAGCACCGCUCCGGUCAUUCGAUCAUACAGGUCACACAGGUCUUAAUGGAAAAGAGGAGUAGGCAAGGGCAGAGCAUAAUAGCAGAUAAAAAACUGUCUGUGCAUGGGAAUCCGGACCACUCUGCCCUCCCUUUGUGCGUCUCGGUUGGUGGAAACGCCGUCUUGGCUGGCGUAUAAGACCUCCCUGCGUCUCCAUUACCGUUCCCAAACUGCUGGCUUUUACCUCGACUACCACUCCUCCUCCUCCCGGCACUCCUUCUGCCUGCUUGGACCACAACAAGAAGAGCUGAAAAACACUGAUUUGAGCUGUUCCUGACUGGUCGUCUGUGGAUCGAGGACACGAUCAUAAAGGGUUUAAAUCCUCAUCACUUGUCAAUCUGAUCAACAUGGGCUGUUGGGAGCGCUCGUCCUUCCUGUCCCCUACUCUGAGGCUGGCGGUUGUCGCGGUGAUUCUUCUCCUAAAGCUCCACCCCUCGCUGGGUGGCGCCCCCCCUGAGCCGAGCUUGGAUGGGUCCGUUCUGGCGAUUGCCACAAACAAAAGCGAAUGCAGCAAACCAGAAAAAUGUUCAAAUGGGGUGAUCUUGCCUAUUUGGGAACCCCAGAACCCAUCUUUUGGCGACAAGGUUGCCCGGGCAACAGUUUACUUUGUGGCUCUGGCAUACAUGUUUCUUGGCGUUUCAAUCAUUGCAGACCGCUUCAUGGCGUCAAUAGAGGUCAUCACAUCACAAGAGAAAGAGAUCACCAUUAAGAAGCCCAAUGGAGAAACAACCAAAACUACUGUUCGGAUCUGGAACGAGACUGUCUCCAACCUCACCCUCAUGGCUCUGGGCUCCUCUGCUCCUGAAAUCCUUCUGUCCGUCAUCGAGGUUGUGGGUCAUGGGUUUCAUGCCGGCACACUGGGCCCUUCCACUAUAGUUGGUUCUGCAGCAUUCAACAUGUUUGUCAUCAUCGGGAUCUGCGUCUACGUCGUGCCUGAUGGCGAGACGAGGAAAGUCAAGCAUCUACGAGUCUUCUUCGUCACAGCCACCUGGAGUAUCUUUGCCUACAUCUGGCUGUACCUGAUCCUGUCAGUGAUCUCUCCUGGGGUCGUGCAAGUGUGGGAGGGUCUGCUCACGUUCCUCUUCUUCCCCGUCUGUGUGGUGUUUGCCUGGGUGGCUGAUCGACGCCUGCUGUUUUAUAAGUAUGUGUACAAGCGCUACCGCACUGGAAAGCAGCGCGGAAUGAUCAUUGAGACCGAAGGCGACAGACCACUCCCCUCAAAGGUGGACAUCGAGAUGGAUGGAAAGAUGUUGAACUCUCACGGUGUUGACUUCCUGGAUGGUCCACUGGGCAUGGAUAUAGAUGAGAAGGAUCUGGAUGAAGAGGAGACCCGUAGAGACAUGGCAAAGAUCCUGAAGGAGCUUAAACAGAAGCACCCAGACAAGGAGGUGGAACAACUCAUUGAACUUGCCAACUAUCAAGUCCUGAGCCAGCAGCAGAAGAGCCGAGCUUUCUACCGUUGCCAGGCCACCCGACUGAUGACGGGUGCUGGCAACAUCCUGAAAAAACAUGCUGCCGAUCAAGCACGAAAGGCUGUCAGCAUGCACGAGGUCCGCUCUGAGAAUGAUGAUAACGAUCCUAUCUCUAAGAUUUUUUUUGAGCCUGGGUCCUACCAGUGUCUUGAGAACUGUGGCACAGUGGCUGUGAACGUGGUGAGGCGGGGCGGCGACCUUGGCAAAACUGUUUCUGUGGAGUACCGGACGGAAGACGGCACCGCAAACGCCGGUUCUGACUAUGAGUUCACGGAGGGCGUCGUGGUGUUCAAAUCCGGCGAGACAAUGAAGGAAAUCCGCGUGGGGAUCAUUGAUGACGACAUUUUUGAAGAAGAUGAAAACUUCCUCAUUCACCUUUCCAAUGUCAAAGUGUUGCCACCAGAAGGUGAAGAACCGCAAGAGGGCGAAUCAGCUAACCACGUGGACUCUGUGGCCUGCCUCGGCUUGCCGGCUACAGCAACCGUGACCAUAUUUGAUGACGACCACGCUGGUAUCUUUACAUUUGAAGAGCCUGUUUUCCACGUCAGUGAAAGUGUCGGCACCAUGGAGGUGAAGGUGCUGAGAACAUCUGGAGCUCGCGGCGUGGUCAUGCUGCCAUACAAGACGGUGGAGGGAACUGCUCGGGGAGGUGGAGAGGACUUUGAAGACACCCACGGCGUCCUUGAAUUUCAAAAUGAUGAAAUCUUUAAAACCAUCAAGGUGAAAAUAAUUGACGACGAGGAAUACGAGAAGAACAAAACCUUCUAUGUAGAGCUUGGAGAGCCUCGUCUGGUGGAGGGGAGUGACAACAAAGUUCAGGAAGAGGAGGAAAAGCAGGAGGAAAAUGAGGAGGAAGAGGAGCCGCUGACAGGAAACGAUGAAGAGAAACGGCGUAUAGCAGAGAUGGGCCGUCCUAUGCUGGGAGAUCAUGUCAAGCUGGAGGUGGUCAUCGAGGAAUCGUAUGAAUUCAAGAACACAGUAGACAAGCUCAUAAAGAAGACCAACCUGGCUCUGCUGGUAGGAACCAACAGUUGGAGAGAUCAGUUCAUAGAAGCCAUCACUGUGAGCGCAGGUGAAGAUGACGAUGAUGAGGAGUGUGGUGAGGAGAAACUGCCGUCCUGUUUCGACUACGUCAUGCACUUUCUCACCGUCUUCUGGAAAGUUCUGUUUGCCUUCGUCCCUCCCACUGAUUACUGGAGUGGCUGGGCCUGUUUUGUGGUCUCUAUCUGCAUGAUUGGACUGCUCACUGCUGUCAUUGGUGACCUGGCCUCUCAUUUUGGCUGCACAGUUGGCCUGAAGGACUCUGUCACAGCGGUUGUAUUUGUUGCAUUAGGAACGUCUGUGCCAGAUACAUUUGCCAGUAAGGUAGCUGCCACCCAAGAUCAGUAUGCCGACGCCUCCAUUGGCAAUGUGACAGGCUCCAACGCUGUCAAUGUUUUCCUGGGCAUUGGGGUGGCAUGGUCCAUCGCUGCUAUCUAUCAUCAGAGUAAAGGGGAUGAGUUCAGAGUAGAUCCUGGCACGCUUGCUUUUUCCGUCACACUCUUCACCAUAUUUGCCUUUAUCUGUGUUGCUACUCUGAUGUACCGACGGCGACCAGAGAUCGGUGGAGAGCUGGGUGGGCCCCGGACUGCGAAGAUCCUGACCACCAUGCUGUUCAUCAGCCUGUGGCUCCUCUACAUUCUCUUCUCCUCACUGGAGGCCUACUGCCACAUCCAAGGUUUUUAAGGUGUUGUUGAUGAAGGGUAAAGAAUGAUGGGGAAGCGAGACGGUGAGACAAUAGAAGCCAUGCGGCAGAUUUUGAAAUUUAAGGCUGUCUCAUUGAUCUGUUCAAUCCCUACCUGUUUGCAACAAAUCGAAUGACAAGUGAAUGGACGGAUGUACAGAUGAACGACUUGAAGAUGCACUAAAGCAAUGAAAACACAAUGGAAGAAAAUAAGGAUGCAUGGAAAGACGACAAUAAGCAGAAGAAGCAUAGCACCUGGAGAACUCUCAAGAAAUCGAGAUUUAUUGGAAAAGGGAUUACAAAUAAAUGUGUUUUUUUGCCUAACUCAACCAAUCUAUACCUAUCUAGUUGAUCUAACCCCAACCAAUGAUUAAAAAAUAUAGAUGACACUGAAUAAAAAAUAUGUCAUAAGUGGUUCAAGGAAAUCAAAUAUCCAAAUGACAGGAAGUCCAUAAGACACUAUCAGAGCUCUGGGACAGUUUCUGUGUCAAGUGACUAAAACGUCAGUGUGUAUGUGCAUGGUUAGAAAACACUGACAAUGCAAUCAGAAAAAAAUGGGAGUCAUUGCCAUAACUGUAUAACGACAACAAACGGUGUGCGUGCUGGUAUAUGAUGGUUCGUUUCUGUGCUUGUGUGCUGUGGGAAGAUGGUCAAGUACUGUGAAAAAAAAUAUAUAUAUAUGCCUCUUGUUUUUACUGUCACAGCGUAAAACUAAAUGUUUUCGUAUUCAAGGUAUUCUUAACUCUUGCUCUCCCAGAUUGUAGAAACGUCAGGUUGGACUCUAUUUCUGGGAAGAGAGAUAAAGUGAAGUGAAAAGUCCAUUGAGGUUAAAUUAAUUUGUAAAUAAGAGGUAAGUGUACAAUAUAGCUCAUCAGAAUUCCUCCUGAAUGUCUUGGUUACGCCAUGCUCUUCUGAACGGGACCUCGUUCUGUUGCUUUAAACUGUAGAUGUAAAUGAUUUUCAACUUCUUAUUUAAACGUAUAAGGGGAUAGUGUGCUCUUACCUUUAAUGUGGCCAUUAAUCUGGCCACUUUACCGUUCAAAACUGUUAGAACAACUCAAUUCAUUGCAUUAACAUCCAGAUGAAUACCAUGUUUAGUUUUUAGUUGUUUUUUUUUUUUUUUUUUACAUAAAAGUGCAUUAUCAUUUGGGGAAAAAAAAAUUUUUCCCCUGCCAGUAACUGAUUUGGACACAUCUUGGUUCACCUAUUAGCUUAAAAAAUUAAAUGGUGUCUCUUGACAUCUUCUGCUGGCUGGUCUGUGGAUCAACAUCCUUAAGGGCUUUGUCAAAGAAACAACCAUGAACUCCUGACUCUGAAAAUUGCUUUUCAAUUACCAGAAUGAGUCAUUAAGAAGCAUCUUAACAGGGUUUUGAAAUGCUAAAGCCAGGACCUUAAUCUAAGUUUUCUGACUCUUUGCAAUCGCAUUAAAAACUACAUAAACCUAACAGUGAUAUUAAUUAUAGUGCAAGACCAAUUAUCUAAAAGGAAAUAAAUAUUGAUGAAAAUAUAGCUUGCUAUUCCUAUUUUUCCAAUCAGUUCUGUUUUUAACCUCCCCUGGAGGGAGCCUUUGUUUCAGUUUAUUACAAAAAUCUAGCCACAGAUUUUCAAUCCAUUGUAACGCAUAUUUGUUUACUUUUGUUGUAGUUGGAUUGGAAGAUUUUUAAAUUAUAGAAAUCUUUUUUUUUCUUUUGUCAAACCUUAGAGACCACUCAUCUGUAUUAAAAAACAUUUAUAGGUAGGAAAUAUGUGUUUUUUUAAAUUCAUCAGCUAAUAUUUAUUCAUAAAAUAAAAGCCAUUAGAGAAACUGUUGUACAGUAUUUCUGUUGAAGAUAAAGACUGUAUUGGAACAAAAAAAGGUUAUUUGAUCUUAAAAAAUACAACCAUCCUCUGCUCAGUUAAAUUACAGAGGUAUGGAGAGAAAAGCAUAUCACAGGAGGUUUCAGAAAUUCAGAAAGCUUGUGUAUUUGGGUUGCUGCUGGAAUCCAUAAAAAGCCGUUUUUCAAAAGUGAGUUCAUGAAACAGUCAUGUCCUUAAACAUGGAUAAUUUGGCAGCUCCAAAAAGGCAGUCAAAUGUGUAAUAUGAACAGAUCAAAAGUGCUCUGUUCUAAACAAAAUGAAGGGAUUUUUGAAUGAACCCAGUGGAAGUAAAAGGUCAUCUUUGGUGUCAGAAAGUGGCAGUAUUAAUCACUGAUGUGACUUCAGCUGGGAUUUAAAAUUAUGAAUAAGGUUAAAUAAAACUUCUAUCAGAAGUUCUGUUGGGAACCGUUUGACAAAAUUCCUCAGAAAAAAGAUUGUGUGGGAUGGAUAUUGGCGUAGUGAGUUGAUGCUCUUUAGCUGUGACACUGUGAUCUAUUCUAGGGGCAACCUGUUAAAAUACUGGAACAUCCACUGUCUAUUUGAUACAGGGCCAAAUAAGGUUGUGCCGUAAAUUCCUUUCAAACUACGAAGAUAUUUUAAUUCAACACCCAAUCAUGACUUACUUUGGAGCUUGAAUUUUCCCUCUCAGUGUGUGCGUGGUGCAAAGAAAAACUGACAGCAGUUGCUGCCAUUUACAAGAAAUCUGGCACUGAAAAGGUCAGUAGAGGUUGUAAAAUCACUCUGUGAGCUGUCUCUGUGCACAGCUGUAAUACUCAUAGGCUUCUGAAAAAACCCAUCCGCUAGAACACCAAGUUUUUCAGUAAGAUUUUGUUGAGAUUUCCCUUUCAAAACACAAGACUGACGAACUUACAUUCAUAUGCAGGAAAAGAAGAGCCUAAAUAAAAGAUAAAAACCUUAAAGCCUGUUUUAACUGUGAGAAAAGUCUAGACUUGAGACUGUUAACUAUUUUAUUUGCUGAACUUAAAACACAGAGAUCUCAGUGUACACUAACUUGCUAUGUUGACAUUUUACAACACAACAGUAUGCAAUUAAUUUGGAUACAAAUUCCCUGCUGAUGCUUUUUCUUUUAACCAAUGUACAAUAUACAUAAUGUCAUCUGUAAAGCAGGUUGUCUAAUCUAGAGAUAAUCCAUUGUUGAUUUUUCUGUACUGUUGUCAUAGACAGCUUUCAACCAAGAGUAAAGAUAGACUCUGGAUUAGAUUGGAUUGAAUCGGAUUGUUUAUCUGGCGGAAAUAUAAAAAUGGAAUGGGAUCUGAUUAAUCUAGGUUUAAGGUCAUAGACUUUAAUAAAGGAAUAAUUAAACUAAAUUAGAUAAAACAAUGUGUACCAAAAACAUGGGUCACAACAGCUAAAGUUCAUUGUUUCAGCAGACAUUUAACUGGUGUGACACAAAUGCUCAAAUAUUUUGCCAGCUUUAAAAGGAAAAAUUAGGAAACAGAUUCUGCGUUCACUGCAUUUUUUCGACUCACCAAUGGACGACGCUUUACAGAAAAGUAGCUGUUCUACAAAGUGCAGUUUACCCCUCUUUUGCCAAAGGGAAAUCUUUGUACCAACAUUUGUGAACCCUUUUUUUUUUUUUUUAUAAAAUUCUGAAAACUAUAAAUAUUCAUAUGUCAAAAACAAUAUGUCAUGUGUUUAAAAAAUAGAAAAAGCCUUGAUGCUAUUUACUCUUGAGUCAAAUACAAACUGUAUGUCCUUCUCUUCAUUGGCAUGAAGUUGAAAACUCUUGCACUGUAAAAACAAGAAAGCUAAUCCUUGCUUGUGCAAAAAAAAGUUUUAUGAAAGUAGUGCGCAUACCUUUUUUAAAUAAAUUCAACAGUGAAUAAAUUAUCUUAUAUAUUGCUAAAUUUGGUUAGAUUUGCUUAAACUGUGCAUACAACAAGAUAUGGAUUAUUUUAAAAUGGGAUUAUGUGGUUGCAGUAAUAUAAUUUUCAAAGGUACCAUAGCGUUUUUGCUACACCUGACUUUAAAUCAGUGUACCCCAUGUAUCUACUUUGAUUAUCUUGAUCAUACAUAAGGCUAAUUGCAGAACAAUAAUGGCUGAGGUGGUGCAUUUCAUUUAUUGAUGAAUUGGGACGUUAAAAUGAUGUCACUCUAAAUUAAAUGGGCUCCCUGAGAAGACAAGAGCUUGUUAAAAAGAAGGUAUUUAAUUUUGCCAUGACCACUUCAACAGAUUAUUUGGCAAAACAUUCAGCAACAGUGCAUGCUGUAUUUUAAUAAAAACAGCAGAAUACAACUUUUAUUGAUCAAAAAGGGAUAAUUACUGUGUAUAUGUUUAACUUAACUUAAGUAUAUUAAGCACUGUUAUAAAUCGUAGAAAAAUACUAAAAUAUGCUGUUUUGUUUUUUUUAUUUGUUGAUCUAUAUAGUAGCCAUAUUGAUUUUCUAUAUCAAAAUGGUGGUCUCUCUUUAACUUUUUGUAAUAGAAAUCUGAAUUCAGACAGCUUUUCUGCAUAGAUUUCUAGCCUAGAAUUAGGCAAAUCUGACUUGCAAGAAAAAGUGCUAUGCAUGACAACACAAUAUAGCAUGCUAAUGCGCUAACCACCUGUUCUUGCUUAACCCCUCAUGAUUGUAAAUACCAACUUGGCUCCUUCGUUAGCCAAAUUGGGCCAUUGAAAAAAAACAUACUGACACUUGAAUUUAGCUUCCUGCCUUGGCUGUGACAUUUGAGCGCUGAGGUUUAAAAUAAAGCUCAUAGUAGAGCAUAGCAUGCUGCUGUUUGGCAAGUCUAGGUACGGGUAGAUGGACUUUUUUUUCACGUAAGGUAAGUUACUGUGCUGGUGUAGGGAAGAUGUUUUUGUUUUGUUUUUGAAGUGUUGCAACUUUCAACCUCUUAAGACAUCAUUUUGAUGCAGCAUAAACAGAGCCAGGUUAUGUGGAAGGUGGAUUGUGUUUGAUGCUUGAAUUGUGGUUGCUAUGGUCACAAAGACGAAACUAAUAAGAAAAAAGAAAAAAACAAUUAAAAAACAAGUUUGGAGCUCCCGUUUCCAUGCCUGUUUGAAAACCAACAAGUCAACCUGUGCUAUGAAGUAAAGACGCGCCACAAGGUUACCCAGUCCACCGCUGCCCAUAACCACAAAGUACACAAACAAGCUGUCGAUGGCAUUAGUUUGUUUUUUUGGUUUUGUUUAUCUUUUUGUUUGUUAUGUUUGUUCUUUAUCUUCAGUAGGUUUUGAAAUGAAUGAGAAGACAUUGCACUGGUUUUCACUGUUUUUUAAAAAGGCUACAAUGUUAACGAAAAUAAAAUUGACAAACUUCUUUUUUAGGACAGACGUUCCUAGAGAAAAGCGAUAAUAAUCCAGUGCCGUCAAGUCAGUUCUGAUUUUUAAAGGAUGUUGCUUCCAAUGUAAAGGCUUUUGAAAAGUCUCUGUCUCCCUUAUUAUCUGUGUGUAUAUCCAACUGAGGUAUAAAUAACUGAAACACAAGCAAUUAAAGUAGAAAAAUGUAAGGACAAUCCCUGCCCCAACCAGCCUACUAGAAACCAAACAAAAAUGUCCUGGACCGAAAGAGAUCUUUACAAAUCUCAAAGGAACACCUUACAAGAAUCCUGUAAAAAGAGAUGAGAGAAGAUGGUAAACGAAGAUCCUAGAAGGACAAAUAUUAAAAAAAAAAAUUACAGCCAUAAAUUGAUUUCUUGGUCAGUGAGAUUAAAUGUACUCCUCCUGCUGCCCAGCAUGUCUGUUGUUAUGGUGUCUUUUGUGUCCCUUUGUCUUUCAUCUUCCUUUUUUCCCCUGUCUGUCUGUCUGUCUGUCUCUUCUGCUGCCAUAGUAAAUAGGCAGUAGUUGUUUUUCUUUUCCCCCCAAAGCAGUUUUUAACCCAUCUUUCCCAAUGCCACAUUUUCCACAUUUUGGAAUGUCAAUGUGCUACUUGUUGACACUGUGCAUGAAUGAUAACAAGUCUGUAUAUAGUUAUAGAGAAUCGUAUCCCAUUCCCAUGGUGUUGACAAAACAAAAACAAACAAAAAAAAAGAAUGUUGUACAGAUUUGGGUUUUCCGUUUUCUUCUGUUUCAGUUUUCCGUUGCAUUUUGAGUGUAAAUCUUACCAAAAGACUUUGUUUUUCAAUCUAAGCAAAGUGACAAAACGUUCUGUUUUGAGUAAUUGCUCAUCAAUAUUGUUUUUUUUUUCCUUUUGUUGAAAAGGCAAUAUCUGCUGUUAUUGAAUGAAGGAUGAGAUCUUUAAAGAGUUGUGUAUCUAAAACAAAUAAUCUAUAAUGUAUGGGAGUUGCAUGGGGUAAUUGUACAAAAUAAAAAAGACACUGCUUGCUACUACUUCUUAUACGUGGCUGUUUUCUCAAACAGAGGUUGAGGAAUAUGUACAUCUAAAGGUUAUUUUGUCAUUAAAUAAAUAAUAAUAUUGUGUAUAUACUGUACAGUAUUAACAGUGAGGUGGACCACAUAGCCAUCAUGCUAACUAUAGAGAAAUUAUUCUACAUAUUUAUUUAAACUAAAAAUGAACCCUCACUACACUCAAGAAUGACAUAUAUUGCCUUUUUGGAGAAGUUUUAAACAUGUCUCUAUUGAUCUGCCUUGCUUGUCUUUUUUGUGAACUUUUUUCCUCUGACUUCUUUGUUAAUUUUUACAAUUCUCUUGAAAUUAGGUUUUUAAGAAGUUUUAUCUGCUUUUUUUUUUUUUUUUUAACUAAUUGAAUUGUAAAAUUCAUGCCCACAGUACCUAUAACGACCUGCUUUCUGUCAUGGAGAUCUGGUUACAAGCAGUUUUUCUGCAUGUGUCGUCAUCUGUCUUACUCUCCAAAUAGAUCAUUUAUUUAUAUUUAUGUCACCAUCUGUCUCAUUUGAAACCGUCUCUUAUUUUUCUCUGACAAAUCCUCUCUGUUCAUCCUUGUGUUUUGUAAUCCUCCCUUCCUGCAGGACAUCUUACUUAAAUUCCACUUUUAUUGUUUUGACUCUUAUACUUUUCACAUGUGGUUUAAUCUUUUUUUAUGUACAAUAGUCACAGCAGAUAUGUUUGUAUUAAUGUCUGUUAUUAGGUUUUUUUGUUGUUGCUGUUUGUCUUCUCAAUUUACGUGUGCUCAGUUUUCUUUUAACAAUAAUUUUUGUUGAACACAAACUGAUAGGCAGAAAGUUAAACGUGUGUCGCCAUUAACUGUGACUGCUCGCCAUGAAACAUGGUACUUCUCAUGAAAUCAUUCAAAUAAAGUUUGGGAUACCCUGUUUGAGA